UAAAGAAAGAAUAAGGACGUCAUCUAAAUCUAAAAGCAAAAUGAGAUGUAAAGGAGUCUUUCUGGUGGCGUUACUGAGUGCUUUAACAGCUUAUUAUGUUUAUUUACCUAUACCAAAUAACGUAGAGGAGAGAUGGAAACUCAUGCUCACGGACUCUUUCUUCAGAAGUUUGAGUCACUUGGCAGAACUUAGUGAGCUGGUGGGACUUUUUGACUACAUGAGAGUCAUGAUGUUCGUCACCUUUGCGGAGCGAGUGGUGCCAGUGUCAGAUGAUAGGGUGAAAGUGGUGGAUGAGAGUUUUGAAGGAGUGGAUGUCAUCGUGUAUCAGCCUAAACAGAAUGAAGAUACAGGAGAACUAAGACGAGCUGUUAUUUACCUUCAUGGAGGAGGAUGGUGUUUGGGCAGCUCACGCAUGAGCCCUUAUGAUCUUCUAGCCAGGCACAUGGUCACAGAACUCAACGCUGUUGUUGUAUCUGUAGAGUACCGCCUAGCACCAGCUCAUCAUUUUCCUGUGCCGUUUGAGGAUGUGUACCAUGUGGUGAAGUACUUCCUUCAUGUUGACGUUCUGAAGAGCUACCGUAUCAAUCCGGAGCGAAUUGCGGUGUCAGGGGACAGCGCAGGAGGAAACCUCGCAGCUGCAGUCACCCAACAGUUGCAGCAGGACCCAAGAAAUAACAUCAAUCUGAAGGUCCAGGCUUUAAUCUACCCUGUCCUGCAAGCCCUGGAUCUCAACACCCCCUCUUAUCAGCAGAACCAGCACAUGCCUAUAUUACCCCGCACUCUUAUGGUUCGGUUCUGGAGCGAAUACUUCACCAGCGAUAAGUCAUUUUUUAGAGCUAUGAUGACAAACACACACAAUAACCCUGAAUCAGCUGCUCUGCUUAAAUUCGUUAACUGGAGUUCAUACUUACCCGAAUCUUACCGUCAGAUUUACAAUUACAGCGCUCCACCUGUGGCCAUUAAAAUCAAUCCAGCGCACGACGAUCCAGUCGGUUCCAAUCGCUGGCUGGCGGAUCCACGGGCAUCACCACUGCUGGUACCUGACACAACGUUACGUUUACUGCCCAAGACGUACGUGGUGACGUGCGAGUAUGACGUACUGCGGGACGAUGGUUUAAUGUAUGUCACUCGUCUGCUUAACGUUGGAGUUGACGUGACGCACAAACAUUACCCUGCUGGAUUUCACGGUGCACUUAUGUUUAGUGUGUGGCCCACAGACUUUAAGAUUGGACGCAGUAUGAUAGACAACUACGUUACGUGGCUCAAACACAAUUUAUAACACGUCGAAUGCAACUGUGCUUCAUGCAUCAGUUUUGUUUGACUGCUUCACAUGAUAUUUCUUUUUGACUUAUUUAUUUCGUUCCUUUCCUCUAUUGUUUACAGUGCACCACUCUUUUUAUCUUAAAAGCUCACACUUUUUAUUGUAUUAAUCCAUUAUGAUAAGCAUUCCUGACCAAAUCUGGUCUCAAGAAACACUGGUCUUUUUUUACGUUGUUUUCUAAUGAAUAUGCAGUAGAUUGUAAGACAAGUCCCUGGUUAUUAGAAUUGUAAAUACUCACCCCCAUGUCAUCCAAGAUGUUUAUGUUUUUUUCAGUCGAGAAGAAAUUAUGUUUUUUGAGGAAAACAUUCCAGGAUUUUUCUGCAUAUACUGGACUCAACAGUUUACAGUUUCAGUGUAGCGUCAAAGGGCUCUAAACGAUCAUAAGGGUCUUUUUUCACCAAAAAAGUACCACAUCUUCUUAUCUUCACAAGCCGUGUGAUGCGCAGGCAUGACCUUACUUAUGUAAUCACAUGAAAAGGUCACCGCGAAACUACUGCUCAUGUGUGGAGAAAAAGGACCGUUCAGACAUUGUUGUAUGUGGCAUAAUGCCUUUCUGUCAGUUUAUUGUUUAAAAUGGUCUGCAAAUGUAGGUUUACAUAUGUAACGUGUGACCUUUCAACGUGAUUAUGUAAUACGUAAUAAACUGUUGAGGUCCACUAAAGUCCACUAUAUGGAGGAAAAUCCUGGAAUGUCCUCAAAAAUCUUAAUUUCCUCUUGACUGAACAAAGAAAGACAAAAAGACAUCUUGAAUGAUAUGGGGGUGAGUAAAUUAUCUGGAUUUUUUAAUGAAAGUGGAGUAUUCCUUUAAAAAUUAUAGAUUAGAAGAACGGUUUUGGGCAAAAUGAUUCCAUGAAGAACCUUUAACAUUUGAUGGACCUUUCUUCAAGAAAUGGUUACUCUAUGGCAUGGCUCUUUGUUUUUAAGAGUGUAUGAGGCUGUGAUGUAAAUGCAUAAAUGCACUGAUAAUAAUUAAAUAAUUUGGGAUACUCUUUUAUUGUCCCUUACGAAAUUAACCAUGGUUUUACUACACUUUAAACUAAAAUACCAUGGUUAAUGUAGUAAAACCAAAGUGACAAGAAAAAAACAUGGUUUUGACAACCAUGGUUUUCGCAAAAAGCGUAGUCAAACCAUAGUCAAUGUAGUAAAACCAUGAUUUUGCUGAUCGUAAUCAAUACACCAAAAAAACAUGGUUACUACACUUUUACCACAAUAAAACCAUGGUUAAUUUUUAUAAGGGUGUAUGCCAUUGCCUGUAUAGUGGGAUUUGACUUGACCUUGUGGAUAAGGUAUAACCCAUCAUAAGAAAAUAUGACCUUAUCCCAAAUUCUUUUGAUUUCUUUCUGGGAUUAUAAGCGUAGUGUGACCGAGAUGAAAUGUUCAAAUUGUGUAUGUAAGCAUUGAACUAAAAUGAACCAGACUGUAGAGAUUAAAUCUAUGGCCUGAACAUCAAAAUGCUUUA